UGCGAUCCGGAUCCCCUCCUCCCUGGUUCGUCAGAGGAACCCAGUCUAAACGCGGCGGCGCCCUCCUCGUUGCCGGAGCAGGGCGAGGCGGCGCUCGACCUCCGCCUCCUACCCCCACCUCCACUGCUGGGCUCCGCCCCGGGGCUCCUCUUCUGCGUCCCGAGCCCUGACCAGUGCCAUACAGGCCACUCAACCAAAACGAGGUCAGAUUUCUCAAUUUCCACUCGGAAAUCCGAACCGUGGUCAUCUCCGUCGCCGCCGCCUGCCGCCUGCCGCCGCCAUCGCCAUGGCUUCCGCUCUACGGGCCCUUCACCACCGCCUCCCCCGCUCUCUCCACCACUCCAAUCCCCUUUCCACCUCCGCCUCACCUCACGACCUCCGCGAGCUCCUCCGCAUCCAACGCAUCCUCGGUGACCCCGCAGCAACCACCCAGCCCACGCAAACGCAACAACGCCCACGAGCCGCCGCCACCGCAGACCUGCACCGACUUCUCCACCGCGCGGCCGGCCUCACCACCGCCGAGGCCACCUCCCUGCUCGGCCGCAUCCCUAACACCCACCGUCUGGAACACCUUCUCCAAGAACUUCGUGGCCUGCGCCUCCCGGCGGGCGAGAUCAGGAAAGCUCUCGGGUCCGACCCCGACGGACUCCUCUCCAUGGAGCCGGGCGAGCCGUCCCGCCUUGUCGAGCUCCUAGACGAGCUCCGCUGCCGGGCGCCCAUCAAGGACCAGGUCCUCUCUCACGGCGUGCUCAGCGCCGCAAUCGCCGCGAGGCGGCGGGUAGAGCUCCUGCACGAGCGCGGGCUGAGCCGGCGUGACGCGCUGAGGGUGAUCUCCGUUGAGCCUCGGGCAAUUUUAUAUAGCCUGGACGAUGUGGAGAGGAAGGUGGAGUUCUUGGUGGGCAGGAUGGGGUUUGAGAUUGGUUGGCUGGUGGAGUACCCAGAGUUCUUGGGGAUAAAUCUCGACAGGUCGAUCAUCCCACGGCACAAUGUAGUGGAGUAUUUGGCGUCGGUGGGUGGGCUUGGGGACCCCAUUGAGAUGAAGCAUUAUGUGAGAUUCAGCCGCCUCAAGUUCUACAAUCUGUUCGUGAAGCCAUACCCGGAGUGCGAGAGGAUUUUCGGGGGCCUAGUCAGGGAGAAAAAGGAUGAGGUGAGGCGGCAGCAUCCGGUGGGGUUGUGGAAGCUGUUUAAACCGGCGAAGUAUGAGAUCACUGAGGAGAAUGUGAAGGACAUGAAGUUGGUUGUUGAAUCACUUCAUUAGCUCUGUUCAGAACACCAACUGCUACCGAUUUUGAAUUGGGCUGCUCAUGAUUCUGGGGAUAUUUGUGGUGGUAACAAUGUGGUUCGUAUUGUGAAAGCGUAUGUUUGAAUUGCAGUGCAUUCUGCCAGCAAAAUGUCAUCUGUGCUGAUCAAACAUGGAACCGAUUGGAAUCUGCAAGAUAAGUAAAUCGAGCCCUAGGCUCCUAGCUUAAGGUUGAGGUCAAUUAUAAUGACCCCAUCAUGAUAUGGUGAUCAGAGCUGGUCUCAUCAGGAAGCAAACAAGAUAAUUGUUUGAUGAAAUCUGGCAACUUAUGGAAGGCUCAUCUCAAGUUACCAACAAAUAGGUAACAGAGGCAGUCAUUCUUUCUAUAUUUUGAGUAAUCAAUGAUCAUCAGGGAAAAAAAUACUCGAUAGGUUGCCAAAAUGAUUAUUAAUGUUGGAAGACUUGUGAACUUGUGUGGUCUUCUUGGAUAAAGGUUAUUGUGAUACAAAUUAGAUAGGCGGCUAAUUUUUCACCUGAAGUUUUCGCAAAAUCAAACUGAAUGAAUAAGCAGAUGACAUAAUGUGUGUUGUUUU